AUGGUGGAUAUUCGCAUUCAAAUCGUAAUCCAUAACCGUUACCUUGUCUUUGACGCAUCAGGUGAACUCCCAUUCAGCAUCGUGUACGGUCUCUGCCGACGUUCAAAAGACGACCUUGACGCACGGGACAUCAUCCUGCACACAGCGAAAUCCGCGCUGGACGUACCAUAUGCUAUCGCCAAUGGGUUGCUUACGCUUCACGAGAAAGAUGACGCGAGUGGGGAGAUGAGGAGCAUUGAACUGGACCUUUUGGAUGAACGUAAAGGGGCAACCGACAGCGAAGAAGGAGCAUACCUGACUCUCUCAUCACCAAUGACCAGAACAAAGCACUGGAAAGAAGAUAUGACGGUGUACCAGUACCCCAUCGAUUCCAAAAGCGAGCUGGGGUCGCUUUUGAAGCCCGGCAGGGCAUACACGAUCCGUCUAGCCAGCUCAGAUCUAGGCGUGAAAUGGUGGCGGUACAGCGAUAACAGGAAUCCCACAAAUAAGGCAGAUCUCACACAGGCUUCAGAGACAGCCAGGCUAGUCAGGAGCAAAAGCUCAGGCGGCAAGGCCAGCUUCAAGGUAGUAUCAUCCUUGACAUUUCCUCCGGCGAUAGAAAUGCACAUGCGGCUCUGCCCGACGGAUAAAAACGCCAGGGAAGAAGAAGGUAGUAGUAACAGCAAUAGCAACAGUGGCGAUACUAGCACGACUGCUACUCUAGAAGUAUCCGUCUGCAAUACUCACCCAUCAAGACCUAUAUCCGUCCAAACGCGCGGCACGCAGCGCUUUCUCAUGCCGUGGGGUCCCAUGCAGCCUGAGUCCGAAGACGAUGAUUCGCAAGUCCGCAUCAUCGAUGGUGCCACGGCGCGAAUAACUGCAGACAUAGAAACAACGGUACGAGCACCUAUAGCUAGUCUACAGAUCGUAGAUAUCGGCACCGACACCGUCGUCCGCGCAGCGCGCAAACCAGGUCCAUGUCGCGGGUUAACCAUAGCCGGCGCAGAUCCCCGACCACGACUCAACACGCUCCUCACACUUAGGCCCGGUGAAACUCUCAUCAGACGCGUGGAUAUACGUAAUCUAGUCAAAGGCCUUCCGGACGGUGCGUAUCGCGUAGAGAUGCGACCGCGAGGCGUGUGGUGGUGUUUUGGGGAUAAGGAUGAGAUCGCGGAUGAGGAUAGGGAGAAGGUAGCUAGGGGAUUGUAUAAGACUGCGAUUCCACCGCUUGUACUGAGGACUGAGGAUGUCGUGAGCGUGAAGAUCAGGGAUGGUAACAUCAACCGGUAUAAGUAA